UGGGAACACGUAGUUCAGCUUUCUGUCCCCGUUGUACGGUUAAAGAAACUGAGGCCCAAGUUCACUCAGCAAGUCGGGAGCUAAACCAGAACUCACGUGUCUGACCCCUAUCUGUGUCAACCCCUUUGCUAACCCAUGGCCUCCGGGAGUGUUCCUCCGCCAAGACUUGGCACCUCUCAGAAAGGCCUCGCUCCACGUCAGCUUUGCCAUCUGAGAAAUGGGCCAAGGAGACGAUACAACCUCCACUCUGGGGCAAGCACAGAACCUGGACGCGCCUGGGAAGGUAGCUCUUCGGGCCCCUCAGUUCUCCCUGUGACACACCGCAGCAGCCUAGAGAUAAGCUUAUCUGAUGAACAAAUUGCUCUCCUGAAGGAUUCUUACUCCUACUCAGCUGGGAGGCCGACAGCGGAGGUAGAUAUGAGAGCACACUCUCCAUCCUCUGUAGAAGCUACCCAGGAACCCAAAGCCAAGUCUAAUUUUGGGGGAGCCAGGAGGGGUAAGAGUCUUCACAGAGACCACGGAGUUGGGCAGCAAGAAGGAGCUCAAGUCCAUGCCCUUCAUCACCUACCUCUCAGGCCUGCUGACGGCCCAGAUGCUGUCUGAUGACCAGCUCAUCUCAGGUGUGGAGAUCCGCUGUGAGGAGAAAGGCCGCUGUCCAUCUACCUGCCACCUUUGCCGCCGACCGGGCAAGGAGCAGCUGAGCCCCACACCGGUGCUCCUGGAAAUCAACCGUGUGGUACCACUUUACACUCUCAUUCAGGACAAUGGCACCAAAGAGGCCUUCAAGAGUGCACUGAUGAGCUCCUACUGGUGCUCAGGGAAAGGGGACGUGAUCGAUGACUGGUGCAGGUGUGACCUCAGCGCCUUUGAUGCCAGUGGGCUCCCCAACUGCAGCCCUCUCCCGCAGCCGGUGCUGCGGCUCUCCCCAGCAGUAGAGCCCUCCAGCACCGUGGUCUCCUUGGAGUGGGUAGAUGUCCAGCCAGCUAUUGGGACCAAGGUCUCUGAUUAUAUUCUGCAGCACAAGAAAGUGGAUGAAUACACAGAUACGGACCUCUACACAGGAGAAUUCCUGAGUUUUGCCGAUGACUUACUCUCUGGCCUGGGUACAUCUUGUGUAGCAGCUGGUCGAAGCCAUGGAGAGGUCCCUGAAGUCAGUAUCUACUCCGUCAUCUUCAAGUGUCUGGAGCCCGACGGUCUCUACAAGUUCACUCUCUAUGCAGUGGAUACACGAGGGAGGCACUCAGAGCUCAGCACAGUGACCCUGAGAACCGCCUGUCCGCUGGUAGAUGACAAUAAAGCAGAAGAGAUAGCUGACAAGAUCUACAAUCUGUACAAUGGGUACACAAGCGGGAAGGAGCAGCAGACUGCCUACAACACACUGAUGGAAGUCUCUGCCUCCAUGCUGUUUCGAGUCCAGCACCACUACAACUCUCACUAUGAGAAGUUUGGUGACUUUGUCUGGAGGAGUGAGGAUGAGCUGGGGCCCAGGAAGGCCCACCUGAUCCUGCGGCGUCUGGAGAAGGUGAGCAGCCACUGUUCCAGCCUCCUCCGAAGCGCCUAUAUCCAGAGCCGCGUGGACACCGUGCCCUACCUUUUCUGCCGCAGCGAGGAGGUCCGGCCUGUGGGUAUGGUGUGGUACAGCGUCCUCAAGGACACCAAAAUCACAUGCGAGGAGAAGAUGGUGUCCAUGGCCCGAAACACGUAUGGGGAGUCCAAGGGCCGGUGAGGGAGGGUGCUGCCCUCCAUGAGCACAGAGACUCUCCAUGGGAGGGGGAGCGGUGCUCUCGUGGAUCCUGGGGCCUGGGUGGGCUGGGGGACAGCUGAGGACGGGCCUGGCGGAUGCGGCUUGCCAGCAAGGCCAAAGCAAACUCUUUCUCUUGUGGAUAGCCGACAGAGAACUUUGUAACCCCUGGAAUUAUUCAUUUCCCCCUAUCUUUUAUUUUUUUCUAAGAUCUUAUUUGACUCUAUCACAGUCUCUCCUUUUUAAACACUUUCUUCUGGAUGGUGGUCAGUCCCGAGGCAGGAGCUUUCAGGUGGAGACCAAGAGGCCUUUCCCCUUCUUCCUCCCUCCUGCUGCACUCAGCUUCCUUCCUGCCGUGGACCCCAGCAGGAGACCUAUGGAGAGACAACUGGACCUCUUGAGCAGCAGGAGGGCAUCCCCGAGGAUCGUUGCAGUGAGGAAGCUUGGGUCUCUAGGACUUUGUUUUUCGGACACGUUUGAGUCUGCAGGACCCCUGCCUCUUCCUGCUGCCUGUGGGUCUGCCCAGAGUCCCUGCAGGGCUCUCCAUGCAUUAAAAAUUCCUAUUGUCUCUCUUU